UAACUUUGAAAGAGAAAAUUGUCUUAAACAUUAGGAAAUUGUGGAAGGCAACAUGAUUAGUAAGAAAAUGAAGGGCAUCACUGCAACUUGUCGAAAAUUUCACUGAGCGGGGUUUUAACGAGGGUUUCUCAACACACAGCUAGUAGCGAAUCACUCUCCCUGUCCCUUCAUGCUUUGUUCAAGUCAACUUUCGGCUCUACACCUGUUGCAACCAUCAAAAGAUCACUCGCUGAUUCUAUUUAUUGUCAUUGCCGUUCCCAAAUGCAUCGAAGUCUCACCAUUUUUACCCGUCAGAUUCUCACAAAUUCCAGUCUUCUUCGGACAACCAAUCAUUCGCUCUACUUCGAAUCGAGCUCACUAAACCCUCGCCCAACUUGGUCUUUGUUCUUUCGUUUCCUGUCGUUUCACCCGGUGCAUCGGCAUGCACCGGAUCCUGAUGACCCGGCCACCUUAAUGAAAGAAGAUGGCGUCUCGGUUUGUUCCCAAAUGUGGAUUGAGAAUUUCCGAGAACCUGAUAGGACAGUGACUAAUUUGACAUCGUACCUUCGUAGGUUUGAGUUGUGGGUAUUGGCUUAUCAAAAAGUGUGUUGCGAUGAGAUGGGUGCCUAUGUGCCCCGUAGCGCCAUUCAGAGGUCUGCAUUAGAGGACUUGUUGGCGUUAAGAAAUGCGGUUCUUGAUAGUAGGUUUAAGUGGGGAGCCAGGUUAGAUUUCUUCAUUAAAUCGCCUAAAGAUAAGACUGAUUAUGAUUCACUGUCCAAGAGGAAAAUAAAGGCAAUUCUGACAACAACACAGCCGGCGUCUUUUCAGGACAAGGUAGUGCAAGAAGUGUUGCUUAUGAUGUUGGAGCCAAUAUAUGAGGCUAGGUUUUCGCAGAAAUCAUAUGCCUUUAGGCCGGGGAGGAAUGCGCAUACGGUGUUGAGGGUGAUUAGGAGAAAUUUUGCGGGUUAUUUGUGGUACAUAAAAGGGGAUUUAAGUGCAGUUUUGGAUGGAAUGAAGGUGGGAUUGGUGAUUGGUGCUAUGAUGAGAGAUGUGAGGGAUAAGAAAGUGAUUGAUUUGAUAAAAUCAGCCUUGGUUACACCAGUGAUAACGAGUCAGAUUGAUGACGGGGAAAAGAAGAAAAAGAAGAAGAGAAAGUACCAAAAGAAAAGAGUACUGGCAGAUGAUGAGCCGAAGCCUGAUCCAUAUUGGUUAGAAUCGUUUUUUGGAUUUGCUCCUGAAGAAGCAGAGAAAGUUCCUUCAUGGGGGCAUUGUGGAAUCCUUACUCCACUUUUGUUUAAUAUAUGCCUUGAUGAACUGGACCGUUGGAUUGAGGGGAAGAUUAAAGAGUUCUAUCGCCCAUCAAAAAGCGAUGUCAUAUGGAAUAGCCCAGAAGGGGAAGCAGAUCAGGGAAAUACAUCUUGGCCAGAAUUUGUGCCUACAAGUGGACCAGAUAAGACACGGAAAAUGGAUUAUGUAAGAUAUGGGGGUCAUCUUCUGAUUGGAGUUCGAGGACCUAGGAUAGAUGCUGCGACAUUAAGAAAGCAGUUGAUUGAGUUUUGUGAUCAGAAAUACAUGCUUAAGCUUGAUAAUGAAAGCCUCCCUAUUGAACACAUAACCAAAGGUAUAAUGUUCCUUGAUCAUGUAUUGUGCAGGAGAGUGGUGUAUCCAACUCUUCGGUAUACUGCAACUGGUGGAAAGAUAAUUAGUGAGAAGGGUGUGGGUACCCUUUUGUCCGUUACAGCAAGUUUGAAACAGUGCAUCAAACAGUUUAGGAAGUUGAACUUUCUCAAAGGGGAUAGGGAUCCAGAUCCACAGCCUUGUUUUAGAAUGUUUCAUGCAACUCAAGCUCACACUAAUGCACAAAUGAACAAGUUCUUGUCAACAAUGGUUGAGUGGUAUAGGUUUGCAGACAAUAGGAAGAAGAUUGUUAAUUUUUGUUCAUACAUCCUAAGGGGUUCACUUGCUAAGCUCUAUGCUGCAAAAUACAAACUCAGAUCAAGAGCAAAGGUGUAUAAGAUUGGUUCUCGAAAUCUGAGUCGUCCUUUGAAAGAGAAAAAAGGGCAGUCACCUGAAUAUCAUAAUCUUCUUAGAAUGGGUCUUGUUGAGUCAAUAGAUGGGCUUCAGUAUACCAGGAUGUCUCUUGUUCCUGAAACUGAUUACACACCUUUUCCAAGUAAUUGGAGACCUGAUCAUGAGAAGACCUUGCUUGAAUACAUAAAGCUUGAUGAUCCAAAAACACUGGAAGAGCAAAGGAGUUGCAUCAUAGAACAGGGACUUGUGUCACCUCAGGACUAUAUUUCAAUGCUUGUUUGGAACUACAAGAGGAAUGCAAUCGUGAUGGAUAAGCUUUCCCUUGUGGAGAAUGGUAGUAACAACAUUGAGAGGGAUCGACCUCUGUUGAUGGAUGCCUCUAAUGAGAACAGUGAUCAAAAGAGCAAAACAGAGGAAGAAAUUAUUGAGAGGGUUCAGUUCGCUAGAAUGUAAAAUAGUUUUUGUACUCAUCUUGAUAUUGGAAAUUUUUUCAGCAGGCUCUCUUCUGGCUAGAGAAAUGAAAUGCAGAGAGUUGUUGCUUCAGUGAGUUAGCAAUCCACUUAAUAUUGUUUGAAGAAUAGAUUAUCUUGUAUAUUAUACAGAGUUUAUCAAAUUUAAAAAAUUUGAAGAACUUGUCAGAAAGGAUGCUUUAAAAGUCGUAGCUGCUUUCCUUCUCAGUUUCUUGGUAAUUUUGUAGUUUUCCUUUGAGAUUUCAUCACAAAUUACCUUGAUGUCUUCUCAGAAUUCACUGAUCAUUUCGAGUUUUAAAGUUAGAGUGCUCUCUUUGUCUCUGUCUGACACUGGCGCUUUCCCAGGUUCUGAUUUAUGAAGGUCAGGCACUAUUCCUUCUUCCUUCAUAUAGAAAGUUGUUUCUCUAGUUGACAUAGUUUAAAAAUGUGGUUUGAAUUUAUAACAUGUAUGGUUCAAUGCCAUUUCAACUAAUUGAAAAAUGAAAUGGUAUAUUUAAGUUUUAGACUAAUCUUAGGAUCAAUUAAAUUCAAUAUCAGUAGAUCUUUUUGUGACAAUUUUUAGUAGAUGUACUUUAACAACUAGUCACUUACAUAUUACCGUUCCAUUGAAUUUUAACAAAAUUCAUAGCUAUGGAAUUAGAAAUAUGACUACAUGACUAAAGCUGAUUUAUUUUUGCAUCAAAAAUAUAAAUUAUAACUAAUCUCUAUAUGUUAUAAAAAUUCAAUGGAAAUAAAAUAUAUUUGAAGUAAACACAACAUUAGCUUAAAGAGGAUAACUUUAAAAAACCACCUCUUUGAAGUAUAUUGAACCACAAUCAAUACUGGUUUAAUCAAAUUCAAUCUUCUUAGAUUUAGUUUUGUCUAGGAAUUAUUUCUGGUAUAAGGAAUUGAUAUCUAUAAUAUGUGAGAUGACUACAAAGCUAGACAUUACAGCUUAAAUAUGACGUAUCGAACUUACCUUGUUGCGGAUGUUUAUGAGAGACUUGUCAAGAAGGGGAAGAAACCAGGUUUCUUCCAGUUGUAGGUGACACAGGCCAUCAGCGGUAUGUGGCAUGUGAGUAUGAUUUUAUCCCUUUUCGUUCUUGAACAUGGUGUUUUCACUCUUGCUUUAUUGUAUUUGAUAUUCAACUCGUAGUUGUCCCUGCACUUCGUGUAUUGUUGAAAUGAAAAUUUAUUUCGUGAACUUCCAUUUCAAUGUGUUUUUGUCUUGACAAGUUAGUCAUUAAUAUGGUCCUAUUUCAAUAGAGUUCAUAGUGCUCAUCCUAACAUUUGAUCAAUGGAUUGAUCCAUAAAUGUUUUACAAGUUUUGUUCUGGGCUUGCGUUUGCUGAAUAGGUCUUUGUAUUGCUAGUUAAUGAUUUUUAUCUUUUCCAGGAAAUGGUUUUGUUUUGUUUUUGCUGUUAUUCUCUCUCUCUCUCUCUCUCUCUCUCUCCUUUUUUUUUUUUUCAGAGCAGCCGGUGUUUCCAUUUUAUAUAAUUUUUUCUUAUGCUUCUAUGGUGAUCUAACAUCCUUGUGAAUUCUAAUCGCUUCUGCGAAAACCAGGAAUUCGAUCUGUGAAUGGGUUUGAAUAUAAUACGAGUCACUUUGUAUCAUGUUUAGUUUUUUUUUUUUUAAUGUGAUUUAAUAUAUUUAAUUUAUAUAGUGAAUAAGCACAUCCAGGGUCAAAUUUUAGUUACUAUAGAAUGUAUGAAAUGAGAAUAACAAGUAAUGAAAAAAAUUAAUGAUUUGUUACAAGAACCAAAUUACUCUCAAUCCUCCUCUCUUCAACCUCCUACCAAUUGACCCUUAGUUUUCUGUUGCUAGUCAGCUCUAUAUGUUGUUCACAGUUUUGGCAUCUAACACUGAAAUGAUCCAUUGCAAGCAGGUCAUGUCCUGAUUGGUACUUAUUUUUUCAUAUGUACUAUCAUUCUGAUACCAACAAUAUUUUUUCAUAUGUACUAUCAUUCUGAUACCAACAAUCAAAUGUCACUCCAAUAUUUUACAAAAAAGGUUGUUUUUCUGCUUAUUGACAAAUGAUUGUUUUAUUUACUUAAUUAAAUUCUUAGGACUUUUGUCAAUAUAAUUUGAUAUUUUUUAUCGUCUCUCCAAUUUAUAGGGGCUAUAUCCUGGCUAUAUCAUAUUCUUCGUUCAGUCAGCAUUGAUGAUUUUGCUGGCUCAAGAGAUGGCAGCAAGCUACAAGUAUGGCGCUUUUUGAGAAGUUGCUGGUCCUCAUUAACUCUGCCUACACAGUUUUGGUUCUAAACUAUUCCUGUGCUGGUUUUAUGUAACUUUCUUUUGUUUCUCUCCCUCUUGCUCAUCAACUUUUAAGCACUUACUGCUCGUUUGAUUUCUUCUAUUAUCUUCCUGAACUUGAAGCUCAAAAUUUUUGGAGCGUAUAACGCUUUUGUCCUGUUAUGAAACAGGUAUUAAGCAUGCAUGAAACGCUUGCCUCGUACAGGAGUAUCCAUUAUAUAGGAACUAUUAUUCCCAUUGUUUUGAUUAUGCUUGGUUAUGUAGUCUCUGCAAAGCUUUUCCGUCCAAAGUACGGAAGGAAUGGUGAGAGCUUGGAACAGCAGAAUCUGCAUUUUGUUCCUUUCUUUUAUGGUGAUUGUAAUGAUAUUUGGGAAUAAUGGUUC